AUGCUUUCUCUGGUCCUCACUGCCGAGCUAGAAGGAGUUUCUGGCUUGCAGCCAACUGACACGGAGGAGAACCCGUAUUUCUACACUUUUCGUGUGCAAUGCACCUCCUGCCGCGAGAUGCACCCUAACUGGGUCAGCUUCAACCGCUUUGAGCAGCAUGAGAUCCCUGGUAGCAGGGGCGAGGCCAACUUUGUCUGGAAGUGCCGGCUGUGCACGAAAACUCACUCUGCCUCCAUCAUUGCUGGCCCGAAGGUCUACGAAGCCCAGGAAAAGAAGACCGGCCAGAACAUCCUUGAGAUCGACUGCCGUGGUCUCGAGUUCACUGAGUUCAAGGCUGAUGGCGAAUGGGAGGCCAAGGGCGUCGAAUCUUCGACUCCAUUUUCUGGCAUCGAUCUCUCUGAGGGGGAGUGGUAUGACUAUGAUGAGAAGGCCGGCGAGGAGGUCAGCAUCAAAGAGAUCACCUGGAAAGUUGGUCGGGCGUGA